AUGACGGCUGUCUUCUACUUCUUCACCAAGGUUACCAACCGUCGCUAUCACGGUAUCAAUGAUCCCGCUACCGGCGAGAAACUUACUGAGAAGGCGCGCAAGUUCGAGUAUCGCAAGGUCUUGGAACUCCCGUGGACAUUCUGGGUUGUCAUGGGCUUUUCGCUGUUUGAAACGAGCGCUGCUAUCGUGUUUCUACAGAAUGCGACAGAACUUGCUGAACAGAGAUUCGGCACGGAUUCUAUUGCAGCUGGAUGGUAUAGCUCCGUUUUGCAAUACUCGGGUUUCUUUGUUGUUCCUUUACUGGGAGUAUUCCUCGAUCUUUAUGGAAGCCGCAUUUCCGUCUUGGUAUUUUGCGGUAUUGGCAUGUUUACCUCGAUGCUUCUGGUUUGCUUCUCUGGAGCCGUCAAAGGAACAGCCGCUUCAUUCGGCGAUUUCGCUUUCGCUUACUGCUUCGGUUCUACCACAAUUAUUGACAGCACACGUACAUCUAUGUGGGACAACACCGUCUUUGGCUCUGCCUAUGCCAUUAAAAUCACAAUGAACAAUGCGAUGAAUAUCAUUGUCAGAAUCAUCACCGGAAAGAUUCAAGACGCCGAUAACAACUCGUACGACAAGGUGACGAUCAUCUACGUCGUCCUCGCUGGACUGUCCGUCGUGGUAUCGAUACUGCUCGCGAUCGGGGCGUGGAAGUCUGUGGACCUUGGACACCUCCAAUGGUCACGAAAGAAGAGAAUUGCACAAGGCUCCUUGCUCAAUGAAAGAAAAGAAAUAUUUACCAAGAAAAAUGGUGAGAAAAACAGGCGCGUAUCGCUGGCUUGCUUCGCUACACUGAUCUUGUUAGUCAUUGGUAGCUGGUGCGGUCACUUCUGGGGUGUUGCCACUGGAAACAAUGAUUAG